AUGCCCUCCAUGAAGCUUGCCAUCGUCGGUGCGCUCGCUGCUCUCUUCGUCGGCGUCCAGGCUCAAGGUUAUCCGGGCUACGCGGGCUAUCCCCCUUACCCCGGCUACCCCAACAACGGUCAGGGCACUACCUCAAUCCCAACGACGAGCCUCUCCAGCUCGUCCACCAGCUCGAGCUCGAGCUCGUCGACGUCGACGAGCCACUCCAGGUCGCGCCACUCGACCUCGUCGUGCCCGACCGCGUCCACCGUGACCCGCACCAUCUCGCCCACCUUCACCUACACCAUCACCGAGCGCGCGACCGUCACCGUCGCCCCCGCGCGCAAGCGCGAGCCGCGCCACCCGCACGGCGUGCUCCUCCCCCGCCUGGAGAUCACCAUCACCGUUCUCGAGACGACGACUUCGCCGGCCACCGCCACCGCGACGCGCACGCUGACGUCCACGGAGACUGACACGGCGACCUCGACGCGCACGCGCACGAGCACCUCGCGCACGACGGAGACGGACACGUCCACGAGCACUAUUACGCGCACCUCGACGUCGGUCACUACCACCACUGUGCCCGUCACUCGCUCGCGCACGGUGACUAGCUUCGAGACGGAGACGGCUACGCGCACGAUCACUCGCACCAGCACGGUUGGCGAGACGACGGUUAACAGAGCAGGUGGGAGGAUGCGCGCCGUAGAGACUGGGGCGUAG